GGGCCUGGAGGGGCGGCGUCGCGCGGGCUCCUCCUCCUCCUCUUUACCCUCUUCGGGUUCAGCAGCGGUGCCGCCCGGCUGCUCCGUCCUCCGGGCGCCCGCGGCGAUGUUCACCCGCGCCGUGAGCCGACUGAGCAGGAAGCGUCCGCCGUCUGAUAUCCAUGACAGCGAGGGGAGCUCAAGCAGCAGCCAGCAAGGCCUCAACAGCACAGCCAAGUGGGCGGCCUCCUUGGAGAAUCUUUUGGAAGACCCAGAAGGCGUGAUGAGAUUCAGGGAAUUUUUGAAGAAGGAAUUCAGUGAAGAAAAUGUCUUGUUUUGGCUAGCGUGUGAAGAUUUCAAGAAACUGGAGGACAAGAAGCAGAUGCAGGAAAAGGCCAAGGAGAUCUACAGGACCUUCCUGUCCAAUAAGGCCUCGUCUCAAGUCAACGUGGAGGGGCAGUCUCGGCUCAGUGAAAAGAUCCUGGAAGAGCCACACCCCCUGAUGUUCCAGAAGCUCCAGGACCAGAUCUUCAAUCUCAUGAAGUAUGACAGCUACAGCCGCUUCUUGAAGUCUGAUGUGUUUUUGAACCACACACGGACUGACGAAGAGGAAGAAGAACCUCCGGAUGCUCAAACCACAGCUAAACGAGCUUCCAGAAUUUACAACACCUGCACCUGAGAGCUAAGAUCUUCCUUCUUCACCCCAUGGAGCAGCGGAUGGACUCUUGGAACUAUUCAGGGUUGUCAUUGCUUUGUUAUGGUUGAGGACUGAAGUAUGAAAGACCUCCCCGAAAGAUGUGUAUUUUAUUAACAGUUUGACCGGUGACUCCUGCAUGCUAGCUAAUCCUCCAUUAAAAACAAAAGUAGCUUUAAAGUUUCAGUUCACAAAACAAAUGAGAUUUCUCCAACACUGGAUGCUCAGAGCAUUUCAAUCUUAAUUAAAUUUCCCGUGAGUUGCUUCUA